UCGGCGUUGCGCAGACGCAAGGUCCUCCGACUUGUCUGUUGACAAACGUGAACAGUUCGUACCUGUCCGAUGCGGGGCUAAUAAAAUGUAGUUUUAUUGUGUCGCGUCGACGCAGCGAGCUUUCGGCUGGGCUCUUCAUGACGCUGUGAAUUCUCUUAGAAUCCAUCUAAACUGGAACCAUGCUGAAAUGGUUGUCUGGUGAGGAGGGAGAGCCAGGCUCUAAAGGCCCUGGUUCUCCCUACAGUGGUGGUGGUGGUGGUGGUAAUGUUGGAGAUGUUGCUGUGGAGGAAAUGUCAGAGAGGCUGAGCCAAACGGAGCAGCUUGUCACUCAGCUGAAGGAGAUGAUCAGGGAGAAGGAUGCAGCCCUUCGCGCUAAGGAUGACCAACUGAAGGUGGACAGGGAAGCGUGUGAGGCUAAACUGUCGAAGCUGCGUCUCCAGAACAAGGCCAAAGUGACGUCACUCAGCAACCAGCUGGAGGAGCUGAAAAAGCAACAGGGCGGUCAGGGAACGCCAACGCACAGCAAGAAGGGGUCCUCAGAAGGAGGAGAACAAGCCAGUCGGGGCAAGAUUGUGUUACUAAAGAAAAAAGUUGAGGAACUAGAGCAGCAGGUUGCCCAGAGGGACGAGGAGCUGGGUAGCAAGAGGAUGAUGCUGGAGUCACAGCGGCAGCGAGGCGAGGAAAUGGACGCUAUGCUGACUGAGAAGGACAAGAAGCUGGCAGAAAAAGAAGCCUACAUUGUUCACCUCCAAACAGCACUGGCAGGAAACCAGCCCAUGACACCAACGCCACAAAAGGCGGCAGAAGAUAGUGGAGCAAUGACUGAGCUCCAGCUAUUGGUGCAGAGUCUGACCAGGAAAGUGGGAGAAGCAGAGGAGCGCUACAGUUUACUGCAGGAGCAGACGGAUAGCCUCAGAGAGCUGCUGGCCACAGAGAAGGAGCAGUACAGCCAGAAGGAGACCAUGUACGAACAGAAUAUCCAGACAUUCAAAGACAUUAUCCUUCAGAAAGACAACCAGCUGACGGAAAUCAACCAGAUGCAUGAGCAGGAGCUCUUCCGUUUGGCAGCCAAGUCUGAUGCUAGCGCAGAUUUAGAGCAGCUUUUGAAGGCUCUAAAACAGAAACUCCAUGAGAAGGAAGAGGUGCUGCUGGGUAAAACACAAGUCAUUGAUGUGCUGCAGGGGGAGGUGGAUGGCAGAGACCAGCAGAUAAAGGAGCUGACAGAACGACUGCGACGGUUGCAGGUUGAGCGCGAGAGCCUGGAAUCCAAGAUGGAGGCGGAGAAGCAUGUGAUGAGAGCACAGCUUCGCGAUCGGGUGGAGAAACAGCAGGCGGAGGUGCAGCGACUGACUGAGCAGCAUCAGGCACAAGUGAACCAAAUUCAACAGGAUCUUCUUAGACAGAUGGAGGAGCUGAGGAAAACCUCACCUGCAGCACCAGCCGCCAGUCAGGAAGAGCCAGAAGGUGGACACACAUUCACAGAUUCAGCCUCCAUCCAAAGAAUAGCUGUACUGGAAGCCCAAGCAAAGCAAAAAACCGAUGAGGCCAGCAAAUCAGAGGCCAAGUUCUUAAAAAUGAAAGCCUGGUCCAAAUCUCGAAUCAGACAGUUAGAGGAGGAGCUGAAGAAAAGCCAGGCUGGGGGAGCUCCUCCAGACCUCACUGCCCUGCGUAGUCGUAUUACUGCUCUGGAGGAGGAGCGAGAGGAAAACCUCUGGAAAGUGGAGCAAUAUGAGGAGCUGAAAACGAAGAAUGAAAUGUUGGGGGCCAAGCUGGUGAUAUACGAGGAGCAGCAAAGAACACUCCAAGCAGACCUGGAGCAGUUCACCAAGAGGGCUGCCUCUCAGGCAAGCGAGUCGGGCAGCGCCGAUGACGCUCAGAGCCAGGUCCUGGAGUGGCAGGAGAUGGUAGCCGAGGCAGUGAGCGCCAGGGACCGGGCCAGGGAGGAAAAGGCCGCCAUGGCCCUUCGCAUCAGCCACAUGGACGAGGAACGAGAGGCACUGGCCACUCGGCAGCAGGAGUUGGAGGAGGAGCUGGCUCAGGCUCGGGGGCUCGGUCAACACAGGGCCAAAAAACUGGCAGUUCCAUCUCAGAGGAGCCUGCAGGACGACUUUGAAUUUGACGGCCAGGCCUCGUUUCAGGACCCACACAGCACCUCGGAGAGCACAACCCCGAUGGAGGGAGAGAACAUGGGAGGUUGGUGGCCCGAGUACAGUACCCCCGACACAGGGGGGUUGCGCUCUGUUGUGGAAGAGUUAGAACUGGAAAGGAACCAACUGCAGGAGCAAAUACUGAGUUUGGAGGAGCGCUGUCAGGAUCUGGAGGACCGACUGCAGCUGCAGGCUCGGAUAGAAACGCUGCAGGUGACGUAUGAUGUAGAUGACGAUGAGCAGCCAUGUUGGGUCUCUCAGAAUGAAUCGGAGAAACUUCAGAGCCAACUGGCCAGUGUCAGGAGUCAACAGAGCAGAGAUUCAGAGAAGCAUCAGCUACUGGUUAACAGUCUAAACGAACAGCUCAAAGGGCUGAGCGACACACAGGAGAGCCUGGAAAGCUCCCUCAUUGAGAAGGAGAACACUUUGGCCAAGACGUCAGAGAAACUCGAGCUGAUCAGCAGCCUCAGGGAAUCUUUGGGUGAAAAAGAGAUUCAGUACAAGGAGGUGACUGAAAAGCUUGUUCAGACGGAGCACACUCUCGAAAAUAUUUCUAAGAAAUGCAGCAGCUCAGAGAAGCAGUGCUCAGAGUUGAAGACUGAGGUCGCCGACCUGCAGCAGAAGCUGAAUGUGCUGAAAGAGAGGACACAAAAGCAGGAAGUCAUCAAUGAGACAUUACAAACUGAACUGGAUCAGACUAAUGAGGAGCUGGACAAAAUUAACACCACCCAUUUGGAGGAACGUGCCCAACUUAUCCAUGACCUCCAGAGCUGUGAGCGAGAAAUUGAUGGUCUCAAAGAUAUUUUGUUGGAAAAGGACAAGGAGAUUUUGUCCCUCUCUGGGAACAUGGCAGAGUACGCAGAACAGGUCACGGUGCUGAAGCAGGAGAUCAGACUGAAAGAAGAGCACCUGAUUCAUGUAGAGCGUGCGCUGAGUAAGGCAGAGCAGGAAGCCAUUGUUAUCAGAGACUCUCAGACGUCAGACCAGCAGGCCCUGAACAGUAGGAUCACAGAGCUGGUCGGGAAACUCACAGACAAUGAGACUGAGUUGGUCAAAUCCAAACAGGACAGAGACUCCAAAGUGGCUGAGGUGGAAAAUCUGAUGAAGCAGGCUGAAGAAGACAAGAAAACCAUUCAGGACCUCCGAGGGGAGAUUCAGAAACAGACUGUGAGCCAUCGUAGUCAUCUUUCCGAAUGUGAGACUCACAUCAUGUCUCUAAAAGAGCAGCUGACUUUGUCAACUCAAAAGCUUCGGGAGUCAGGAGGACUCACUUCACUGCUCAAGGACAAAAGCAGUAGCAAUGAGAAAUUGCAGCAGCAGCUUAAUGAAAGAGAGCAAAUGUAUGAAAAGGAACGGAAAUCCUUCAAGGAAGAGCAGAAUAAACUUGUGUCACAGAUAGAAAAAUACAAUGAGGACAAUAAGUCACUGUCUAGACAAUUAGAGGAGCAGGUCCAGAGGGAGGAACAUCUCAAGAAAGUGAUUCAGGAGAAACUGGAAACUAUAGCAUCACUUGAAAAUCAACUAAAGGCAAAGGAUCAACAAGCUGAAAACGAGAGGGACAAAUUCAACAGUGAGCUGCAGUUGUGGGAUUCAGAAAAAAAGAAGUUGAGCAGCGAACUUCAAACCAAAUCUGAAAGUAUUUCUAAACACAAAAACAUCUUAAAAGGCUUAAAGACAGAGAAACAAGAGCUGCAGGACAACCUGAAAGCACUGAACGAGGAGCUGGAGCAACAGAGGAACAAUGUCAAAGAGCUGAAGGGCAAGGUGAUGUCUGCUCUGGAAAUCAACAGCAGUCUGGAGAAUCAGAUUCACUCCCUUACGCAAGAGAAACAGAGACUUGAAGUGACGGUCGCUGAAGUUACAGCUGAAAAGGAGAUGCUGUCAGCAGUUGUUUCACAACACAGCAAAGUGAUUGAGGAGCAACAAAAGGAUAAAGAGGAACUGACGCUUCGAAAUGACGAGUUGAAUAGAGAUCUUAAACACAGCGCACACUCCAACUCUGAGGCACUGCUGGCAAAAUCAAAUGAGUGUGGUCAACUAAGCCAGUUACUCAGGGACAGUGAAGAUAAAGUGCGGCACCUGCAGGAACAGGUGCAGAGUCUGACCUCUGAGGUGGACCAGCUCCAGCUCAGCGUUUCAGACAAAGAGCAGACGGCCACUCGUCUCAUCGGUCAGUUAGAGAAUCUACAAAACCAGCAAACGCGCCUUCAGGAAACCCUGUCUCACCUUCAGCAGCAGGAAUGCAGCCUAAAGUCUGCGUUGACGGAGAAGCAGGAGGCCUUUCACACGUUGCACAGUGAAGUUUCAACUCAGAGGAACAUUGUGUCUGAGCUGCAGGCUGAGGCCAAGUUACUCCAUGAAGAACGCUCACAGCUCAGACAACAAGUGAAAGACCUACUGGAAAACAUGACGCAACAGAGUCAUAAACACAAAGAUGAGCUGGAUGAGGCAAACAAGACUAUUAAGUCGCUGAGUGACCAGGCCAGCGUCAUGGAGGAGAACACAAGACGGCUGGAAUCUGACGCAGAGCGGGGACGAACAGAGCUGCUCAGCUUCAACAGCCGCUUCCACUCGAUGACUGAGGAGAACCAGCAACUUCGCGCCGCUUGUGAAUCCAGAGAGAAGGAGCUUGCACAGGAAACGCAGCGUGUAUUCGACCUGAAUACUCAACUACAAGUCGCUCUGGAGCAGAAUUCAGGUUUGAAUGUCAGGAUCAGCAGCCUAACAGCAGAUAAUCAAAGACUGCAGGAAGAGCUGGCACACAACGUUAAAUUGAUAUGUGAAGUCACCAAUGAGAGGGGUUUGCUCCAGGAGAAAAACAGGGGCCUGGAGUCUCAGGUCUCAGACAAUCAGAAAACGAUAGAAGGUUUAAAGAAGACCAACGAGGAACUGACUUCUGCAGCAGAUGAAAUAACAAAAAUCCUUAAGGAAACGGAAAAGUCGAAUUCUGCAGGUUUGCUUGAGAAAACCAGUGAAUGUGCUAAUCUGUCCAAAAUGCUGAGGGCGACAGAAGAACAACUUCAGCGUUUACAAGAACAAGUUGAAGGUUUAAAGAUGGAAAUCGGUCAACUUAACCUGUCCCUGAAUGAGAAAGAACAAACGGUGUCGGAGCAGAGAUCACAGCUGGCGGCACAGAGCGAUCAGCUGCUGCAGCUUCAGGACACGAUAUCAAUGUUGCAGGAGCAGGGAUCCGUCCUCAAGUCAGGGCUAAUGGAGAAAGAUGUGAUGCUUCAGCAGAAAUCAGAGCAAUGCAUCACUUAUGAGAACGAGCUCAAGCUGCAGAAUGACCUUCUAACACAGAUGCAGGCAGAGAUGCAGCAAAGAGAACAGGUGUUAAGAGAAGUAACAAGCGAGUUUCAAAGUCAUAAAGACGAGCUCAACAAACGCAAUGAAUCCGUGCUUUCACUCAGCAGCCAGCUUGGUGCCAUGAAUGAGAGCGCCGCAGCCACCGAGGCUGAAAUGGCCGAACUCAAGGCUGCUUUGCAGAAACUCAGCACAGAAAAUAUGCAACUGAGCCAAGACAUGGACCAGAGCAGGGCACAGAUCUUGGACUUUAAGGACCGUAUUCAAGCCCUGAACGAGCAAAAUGCUUUGUUCAAAUGUGAACUUCAGAAGACAGUCACCGCUCUGACCGCAGCACAAGAGGAAGUGUCAAACCUUAAAGCGGCGGUCAGUGAGCGAGAAAACGAACUGGAGAUCACACGCUCAGAGAAGGAUUCGCUUCAUUUGAACGUGCAAGAAAAAGACGAGUCCCUGAGACAGCAGCAGGCUUUGGUCCAGCAGCUCAGCAGCACAGUAGCUGUGCAGGAUGAGCAGCUGAAGCAGAAAGCACAAGACAAUGUGAGCUUGAGCGCAAAGGUGUCUGAGCUACAAGACUGCGUGUCCGCACUUGGGAGUCAGGUUGACAGUCUUAGCGCAGAGUCAUUCACACUAAAAGAUGCAUUAAAGAAGAAAGAAGAGACACGUCUGGAAUAUCAGAGUCAUUCCUCAGCUAGUCUGCACGCCAAAGAAGAAGAGUGUGAGAAUUUCAAAGAACAGAUUUCACACCUGGAAGAAUCUGUGUCAAAGCUCAACGCUACCAUACAGGUACAGGCAGCUGAAGUGGAAACUCUAAAAAAGGACCUGGAAGAAAAAGAAGCAGCUCUUUUGGACAAAUCCAGGUCUCUUCAGGAUGCUCAGCGGAGAGCGGAUGAGGCUUUGCUUUUCAAGUCUCAGUUCACGGAAAGUACAGAGUUGGUGUCGCAGCUUCAGUCUGAGUCUGAAAACCUCAGAAGGUCAGCAGGAGAAACACAAAGUGCCUUCAACAACCUGCAGGAGAAAUAUGCAGCCAACCUCGAGGAGCUACAAGAUGUGAAGAAGCACCUGUCCCAGCAGAGCGAUGAGGUUCUUAACCUUCGGAACGAGCACCUGACGGCACAGACCAGAAUAGAAACUCUGAGCCAUGAGUUGGCUGUGGUCAGUCAGAAACUCAAGGAAACCGAGGAGCAGAACUCCAGCCUGUUGCAGGAGAAGGAAGAGGCCUUCGCUUCUCACCAGGCAAGCGUGUCGGUGCUCACUGUCGAAACGGAACGACUCAAAGCACAGCACCUUCAAGUCGUAGCACAGAUGAACGCACUGACGGAGAAUCUGGAGCAGAGAGAAAUGGCUCUACAUGCCAUCAACAGCCAGUACACCGCUCAGGCCAAACACGCAUCUCAGUUCGUCUCAGACAUUCAGAAAUUAGAAGAGCAAAACAAGAGGUUAAAGGAUGAGGUCAGUCUGUUCAGGGACGAGCAUCAGGGGCAUCUCAAUGCCGCCCGCCAAGAGAACGCACGUUUGCAACAGGAGGUGAAGAGACUCACUGCAGAGAGGGAAGAGCUGGAGCAGAGACAUCAUCAGAUACAGAUGUCGCAGGUGCAAAUGGAGCAGCAGUCUAGCAGCCUGAGCCAGGACCUGCAGCAGAUGGUGUCUGAGAAGCAGAACCUUCAAGCCAAGGUUAGUGCCAAAGAUCAGGAACUUUGUGAAUUAAGAGAGAACGUUCAAAAGGUAGAGCAGAUACUGCAGGACUCUGAGAAGGAGUGGCUGUUAGUGCUGGAAAGAGAAAAAGAGCACAAGAACCUCCUAGCAGAGCAGUUAAGAAGUGUUGAAAAUGAGAUGAAAGCUAAAGAUCUUAAAGUUAAUGCUUUAAAGCAAGAUUUGGACAGUUUGCAUGAGAAACUUGAGGAGGCGUCCUCUGCAAUUAGGCAGAGAUCUGAUCAGCUGAGCGCCAAAGAGGUGGAGGCAUCGGCAUCCAGGACUCAGCUGGAGAAGGUGUUAGCAUCAGUUCAACAGAAGGAUCAUGAGAACAACAAUUUGCAGCAGACUCUAAAAACUAUGGAAUUUGACUUGCACAAACUUCUAACAAGAACAAACGGUGGCCACGUAGACUUAGCGGCCUCGUCUGAGUCGUCAUCUGCCUCGUUACAGGAUCUGCUGAAGCAGGUACAAGAGGCUCAUGAGUCUGAGGUUGAUGCUUUAAAAAAUGAGUUGGAUGAAACCGUUACACGGUUACAACAAACCCAGAAUGCACUUAAUGAAGGAGACAGGAGUAUUAACCAGCAGCUGACUCUUCUACAGGACACUGUAGAACUUUUACAAAAUCAGCUGAAAGUGGAAAGAGAGAAAGUGAAAGAAGCUGCUGUGAGACACUCGUCCCUACUCAGUGAGGCGCAAGCAAAAGACGAGCAAAUCAACUGCAUGAAUAUCCAGAUAAGUCAGCAGAAGGAACUGCUUGCUGGACUUAGUCAGCAGUUAAGAGAUAAAGAUGCAUCUAUUGCCCAAGUCAUGGAAGCCGCCGCGAACGAAAGAAUGAAACUCAGCGAGGAGAACGUGUCUGUAAAAGCCAAAGUAGAAAGCAUAGAGCAAGAGCAUGCAACCUCCAUGAAAGGGCUAGAAGACACCUGUCAGCAGUUAGAGGAGCGUCUGUUCGCUGUUCAGACUGAAAUCGAGGCAAAUAAAUUAGAGAAACUGGAGCUACUUAAGAGAAAUGAUGAUCUUAAUGCUGAGCUAGCAAAGGGAUCUAAAGAAAAAGAGGCUGUGAAGAAAAAGCUUCAGGCUGCUUUAAUCGUAAGGAAGGAGCUGUUGAAAAAAAUAGAGCAGUAUGAAAAACAGAAAGAAGAGAGUCUGAGUGAUGAAAGUCAGGUUUCACUCCUAAGAGAAAAGGUGGAGGAAGUAAGGAGUCAGGCUCAGGCUGCAGAGAACACACAUCAAGAACAGGUUUCCUGUCUUGAGAAGAGCAUCGCUGAGAAAGAGGCAGAGAUCCUUCAACACAAGAUGCAAAGUGAUCGAUUUGUUACACAAUUAGAGAUUUUGGAAACGGCACUAAAUGAGAAAGAAGCACGUCUGUCAGAGCUGUUGCGAACUCUGAAUGAGAAAAACGCCAUGUCUCAGAUGCUUCAGUCGGUUUCUGAGGAACGAACCAAAUUUGAGCGAGAACGUAACGAGUUGGUGCAGAAGUUAGAGGAGCUUCAGAGUGAAGUCAAGGGCUGUAAAGACGAGCUGGAAGAAAAAUCCUCCUCUGCUGCAACAGUUGUGGACUUAGAAAGCGAGCUUGCACAGGUGAAGGUAGAAAAAGCCAUGCUGCAGAAGAAGGCACAGGCGGCCAUGUUGGCUCGCAAAGAGACAAUGAAGAAGGCUCAGGAGCAGGAACGGAAGCUGACCCAGGAACUGUGUGAACUGAAGGACGACUAUAAGGCUCUUCUGGAACAGCACUGCCAGCAGACAAACCAACUCAACGCUGUCCAGCUCAACUUUGAUGAGAACGUCAAGGAACUGGAGCAGCUCCACAAGGCCUGUUUGUCUCACGUGGGUGAAGUGGAGGAGCUGAAGGUGUCUCUGGCUGAGAAGGAGAGACAGUGUCAGUCCCUGAUUCACUUGCAGGCAGAGAUGGAAAGUGUGAAAUCAAAAUUUGAUAACGUAUCUCUUGAACUGUCAAAUAAAGAUGAGGCUCUCUCCAUCGCAGAGCAAAAAACAGAGUCUUUAAAAUCUAAACUACAGAUGGUGGAGAAUGAGCUGGAAGAAGUUAAUGUGGAGCUGAGAGAGAAAAUCGCAGCCGUCAGAGCAGCAGAGCUGAUGGCUGAACAGGAGAAGGAAGCUCUGCUUCAUGAAAACGCUGCUUUGAAGACCCAGCUGAGCACAGCACAAGUUACACAAGAGCAUGUUCAUGCUAAUAAAGAGAAGUUCCAGACGUUGAUGGAGCAGAAGGAGGCUGUUUCAGCUCAGUGCAGCCUGAUGAAGGCAGAACUGGAGGCAGCAGUUGCAUUAGUUUCACAGAAAUCCUUGGAAAUGUCAGCCUCCCAGAGGACGUCAGCAGAAAUGCAGCAGCGGCUCAGUGACGACCUCGAAAAAGCAGAGCUGCGUCGUACUGAAGCAGAAAAGGGUUUGGAUUUGUUGAAGCAGGAUAAAGAACAUGUUGUCAGAUUAAACGACGAACUCCGAGACGAGCUCACAAAGCUGAACAUGCAGCUGAAAGACGCAGAGAAGCUGAACCAACAGCUGCAGCAACAGGUGGAGGUUCUCAGAGAGACGCCGGUAAAAAGCUGUGACGAAAGCUUCCAAGUCCAGCUGAAAGAAAGAGAAGCUUCCUUAAUAGAGGCUCAGAUUCAGCUUUCAGAAAAGGAAGAACUCAUUGCUGCACUUGAGUCACAGUUACAGCAGCAAGUUCAAAUCCAUGAAGCUGUCAUUCAGAAAAUGAGAGCAGACACCGAUGUGCUCCAGAGAGAGAGCGAGCAGGACAACCAAGGCAAAACGGCUCUUCUGAACAGGAAACUUCAAGCCGCUCUAGUGUCAAGAAAAGAGCUCAAGGAGGAAGCAGCCAAACUUAAAGCCAAGGAAGCUGCUCUGGAGUCAUCAGUGCUGAGGUUGGAAAAACUAAAUACAGACCUGGAAAGGUCUGUGUUGUCUCUGACCCAGGAGAAGGAGCAGCUCAGCGCAGAGGUCGACCGCAUCCUUCAUGAAAACCGAAGCUUGUCGGCAGCCUGUGACAGCUUGAAGCUAACCAUCGAGAACAUCACCCAGCAGAAGCAGGCGUUCUCCUGCCAGCUGGAGUCUCUGAAGGACUCUCAGACAGAGGAGCUCUCCAAGUGGAAGUCCAAGCACGCAGAGCUGAAACAGGAGUACGAGUCUCUCCUCCAAGCUUAUGAAAACGUCGGCAGUGAGAUGGAUAAGAUGAGACAGCUUCUGGAAGGGGCCAAACGAGAUCGGCAGGAGGCCCUUAGGAAGAUGCACAAAUACGAGAGUGAGCUUAAGACUUUGCAGGAGAAGCAAACUAGAGAGAGAGACGAGGAAAACGAAAGCUUGAAAGAGAAAUAUCAAAGGAUUGAGGAGCUGCAGGAAGAGAAUCGGAGCAUCAGACAGGAAUUGACGGAGAUGGAUGAAAACCACAAAAUGGUAACGUCGGAACUGAAUGAUCAAAAACAACGACUGGAGGUUGAGAUUUGCCAAAUAAAAGCAUCAACAGAAGAUCUACGGCUGAAACUCACUGAGCUGCAAGCUGAAAACAGCCAGUUGGCAGAAAGUCUCGAAGAGGCCAACAGCUCACUGAAAAGUAAGCAUUUGGAGUCAAACACAUACACAAACGUCAUGCAGCUGAAACUCGAUGAAGCGCUCACUCUGAACAAUGCACUGACUGCACAGAUUGAGGCACAGAACACGGAGCUGGGUGCUCAGGUGGAAAUCAACAACUUUCUACAAAAGGAGAAAAAGAAUCUGUUGGACAAAAUUGAGAAGAUACAAAAUGAUUAUGACUUGCAACUGGGAAAGAAAGACGAGGUGAUUAAGGAGCUGGAAGGCCUCAUGACCAGGCACAGUCAGGAGACCAUCAGUCUAAAUGAGAAGGUGAGAAUCCUGGAGGACGACAAGUGUCUUCUGCAAGAGGAGCUUGAAAAUGUUCAAGAGAUUUCAGACAAAGUGAAAAAUGAGAAUGAGUAUUUGGAAACCGUGAUUCUCAAGAACUCUGAGAGAAUCGAUGAACUGACCGAGUCUGUGAACGUCCUGCAGAGCCAAAGCACUCAGCUGUCCAUUCAGUUGGCUGCCAGUAAGGAAACCAGUGACCGGGUUCGCCAAGAAAAGGAAGAGGAGCAGCUCCGAUUAGUUCGAGAGUUUGAGCAGAAACUCAAGGAUCUCCAGAGAGGCAACCAGGGCUCUAAAAAUGUGAAGAGAGAGCUGCAGGAGCUGCUCAAGGAGAAGCACCAGGAGAUAAAUCAGCUGCAGCAAAACUGCAUCAAAUAUCAAGAAGUGAUUUUAGAUUUAGAGAGUUCUCUGAAGAGCUCGCAGUCGGAGCGUGAGCAGGCGGACAAAGAACAGAAGAAGAGUGCCGAGAAGGUUUCAGUGUUAGAGGAGCGGGCGAAACGCGCUGAAGCUGAACUGACCUCCCACCAGAAGCUCCUGCAGGAGGCCACAGAGGAGACGGAGCAGCUCCAGGCUGAGAGGGAGCGACUGGCUGCGCAGGUGGCACAGCACAGGAAGCCUGAGGCGCAGGCUGCAGUAGAAGACGAGAGCCGCUUCCAUUCCUACGCCGAGAAGGAGUCUGAGUUACAGCGGCAGAUAGAGGAGCUCCUGUACCUAAAAGGCAACGAGAGUCAAAAGGUCGAUGAGCUGAAACGGCAACUAGACGCUCGAGACCUGCAGGUAAACGCUCUAAAGAGGGCGGCGGAGACCAGCGAGGCCAGGCUGUCCGCGUUGUCGUCCACUCCUCACGGCGCCGAGGCUGCAAACCUCUGGAAUGAUCUGUACCAGAAGAGCCUCCACGAGAAGGACAACCAACUGCUGGAACAAGGUUUUGUGAUCAAGCGCUUCCUGGAGGACAUGAGGGCAAAAGAAAAAGACCUGAACGAAGUGCGCGUGGCCAAGUCGAGGCUGGAGAGGACGCUGAGCGAGUACUCGGUGGCCGCCGCCGCUCAGCAGAGGCAGCUGUUUGUGAUGAGCGCCAGCAACGCCGAGCUGUCCGAGUCCGUGGAGCUCAUGGCCGUGCAGGUGAAGGAGCUGAGCGCUCGGGGGGCGAGGGCGGAGCAGGAGAAAAAGGCACUGAUCCGGCAGCUCGCCGACAGGGACCGCGCCCUUUCCCAAGCGCAGCUGAGUCUCCAGCAAACUGAGAAGAUCAGCGCGGACGCAGAGGCUCAGUUGCUGCUGUUACAGUCGCAAAAGGACAAAGUCCAGGGCGACUUUGAGAAGCAGGAGGGAAUCUGUCUGCAGCUGAAAACGCUCCUCCAGAGCAAAGACGCUGAAAUCUCCUCGCUGCUGUCCUGUAAAGACGGACAGAUGUCGGGCUACUUGGAGCAACUGCAGGCCAAUUACCGCUCCCAGGCGGCGGUGUACGAGGACAGGCUGACGUCUGCGCGCUACCAGAGGGAACAGGCCGGCAAGGAGUUGAGGGCGAUGGACGCCAAGGUCAGAAAUCUGCAAGUUAAAGUCAGUAAGGACACCCAGGAGAAGGAGCAGAUGGCGGCGAAGGUGGAGUCGUUCAAGAACUCCAUGGUGUCUCUACAGGGUGAGCUGGAGCGUGUGAUGUCAGAGUACAGGAUACUGGAGGCGAAGAGCGAGUUGGGCUUGAAGGGCAAAGAGGGUUCGCUUGACAGUGAAGGUGGUGCAGCCAAAGGCCUUAAGCACGAGAUAAGGAAGCUGCUGCAUCAGAUGGACGAUCUCAACUCGGAGAACGCGAUGCUCAGGGCUCAGCUGCUUCGCUACAGGGAGGACCUCAAUCAGGUUUUAUCUCUGAAGGACAACCAGCUGAAGGUUCUGCUCAAGAAGCAGCAGGAUGUGAUCAGAACCCUUGAGCACCAAAAGGCUGCCGCGGAGAAGCAGUCCAGGGAGUCUCGCCUGGAGCUACAAAAGGAGGAGGAGGCGGGUGCAGCCUUAAAGGCUGAACUGUCCAAGCUCCAGGCUCAGGCAUCGACACUGAAGACGGAAAUACUGAACCAGAAAAAGGAGAGAGCCACAACCAACGAAGGCAAAGUCAUCGCAGACCUGCGGGAAGCCGUCGCAGCCAAGGCUGCCGAAUGCAACCACCUCCAGCAAAGACUUCUGUCCGACAAAGUCGUAAUCGACGAGCUCAAGGAAAAACUCCACGUCGUGGAAAACGAGAUAGAAAACAAGCUGGCUGCCGCCGAGGAGAAGUACAACAGCGAGCUGCACGCGUUGGAGCGCGAGGUGGAGCUGAUGAGGAGCGAGCGCGAGGCGGCCGACCGGCGGCUGGCAGAGUUCGCGAAGGAACUUCUGGAGAUGGAGCAACAGUUGUCAGAGGCCAAGGUGCAAAGUAAAGACGCCAAGGCCCAGAAGGAGGCCCUGUGUAAAGCCAUGGCUGCUUUGCAGAACGACCGCGACCAGCUCAUCGAAGACUUCAAGGUCCUGAGGAACCGCUACGACGAGGAGCUGAGAGAGACCCAGGCGGCCUUCAACAAGGUGGAGCGCAGUCUGCAGGACGCCGCCUCAGACCUGGCCGCGUUUUCCAAAGAGAGGGACGUCCUUGUUCACAGGCUGAAGGCCGUGGAGAGCACAGACGCUCACACGGAGUUAAACAAGAUGGUGGAUGAGCUGUCAAAGGCCGCCUCAGCAGGAGAGAAGGAGCUGAAGCAGGCCGUCCUGGAGAACGAGGCGUACCGGAGGCAGCUGUCGGCCUUCUCCAGGUCCAUGGCCAGCCUGCAGAACGACCGAGACAGGCUGAUGGACGAGCUGCUGCAGGUCAGACGGGCGGCGGAGUCCGGUCCGGGUCCAGAUGCUGUGAGUGGGCGGGCAGGCAGGGCUGUGCAGAGUGAGCAGGAAGGCCUGAAGAUGCAGGAGCUACAGCAAACAAGACAGGAUGUUCCUCCUGGGAAGGAAUCCAGCGGAUCCCAGGAAGACGUGGCCACGCUGAGGUCACACAAAGAGGACCUCACAGCAGUGGUGAAGCAGGAAGCCGCUGCUUCGGAGGAGGUGGUGCACCGGUUGGAGGCAGAGCGGCUCCGGCUCCACACAGACCUGCAGCGCUGCAUGUACGAGAUCCAGCAGCGAGACCAGUACUUCCAGCAACUCGGCACCAAGUUACAACAGGCAGUGGAGGAGAAGGGAGCUGCUGCAGCUCAGCUGAGGACUGUUACCCAAACGCUGAGGGACACACAGAACCGCUGCCACUGGCUGGAAAGUCAGCUUCAGGGACAAGCUCAGGGGUCAGUGUUCGCUGAGGUUGCACCAGGAGCCCCACAGGAGAGGAGCAACGUCUCGGACCUGUCUGACGCCGACGCUCAGCUGAGGGACAGGCUGCGUGAGCUGGAGCUACAUCUGACAGACGAGCGAGCCAGGAGGGAGUCGGCCGAGGAGGCUCUGCGUGUCGCUGAGGACCGAGCUAAGAGUGUUGGCUCCAGAGACGGGCAGAGGGACUUCAGUAUCGAGAUGGACGCGGAGGAGGAGUGGGAGGCUCUCAGUCUCAACCCGAACCAGCCUCUAAUAACCAGAACGGUGAGGGGAGGGAUGGUGACCUGUCGACGCUGGCUCAGGGGCAGGAGCCUCUACUUCUCCAGGCUGCUGACGAGUCGCGCCCGCUCUCGAUAUUUCUUCUUGGCCUACUUGUUGACGAUACACGUGCUUGUGGUCAUGUGCCUCACGGGUGUCGUGUAGCUGAGUCGCACGAAGGCUCUGGACGUGAAGCGGAAGUCUGUACGUUUUGUAACGCAUGGUAAACACUAAAGCUGGCUCGUCGACCGCAGCAGCAGAUGCUUCCAGUGCUCUCCAUGAGUCACACCUGUCCUGGAUGAUGUUGCCAGGAAACUAAGUCAUAUUUCAUCCGUAGGGUUCAUGCUCAGCUGGUCACAGUGUUCUAAGCUAAACAGCUGCUUGUUUGCUUUGGUUUCGUUUUUGUUCCUAAUUUAAUAAGACGGUUUAUGAGCACAGGUUUGCUUAGUCAGCAAAUGUUUGUGGCGAACUAAGCCUUAAGACACGAUGCUUAGCUUGAGCUUUAAUGUAGACCUAAGGAGAAAGGGCAGAGUCAUCCUCUGGUUUGAUCCUGAUCUAGGAUCAGCACAAACUUCCCCCGUCUGUCAGCUGCUCGUUUUACAUCCAGAUCCAGACGUCAGCACCAGCUGCUGCUUUCUGCUUUUGUACCUUGCACAUAAUCGUGAUGCUGAGUUAAAACUAUGCACUGAUUCUCCAUGUGGAUGUAAACCUCUUUAGGCUCGGACACACUACACCGUCACCCUGUUCCCUUUAAAGUGUGAAGCUGUGUGUAGAUCAGCGACUACAGUGUAACGAUGUGACGUCAGUGAGUCCUUGUCUGUACAGACUCCGUUUAUUUCCUUCCCCAAUGUUUGUACAGUUCUUAUUGUUUUUUUUAUUUUUUUAUUGUGUUAAUCUAAUGAGACUGUUCCUACACAGCACGCUUCUUUUUAAAGGAGGCCGGAGAGGGUGGAACCUCUCUGUACUGAUCCGGUUCUGUUGAGUUCAGGGUAAUGUCUGUACAUACAUUGUAAUUUAUGGACAGAAUCUAUUUAUGGAAAAGCUUAAACUACUGACACGUGUACAGACUUGUCGAGUGAUGCUGUUGCCUUCUGAUGACGUUGGGCUUCACUUAGUGCGAUACUGUCACACGUGACCUUUUUAGUUCACAUCUCAAACGAAACCAAUAAGACGUGUUGAGGUUUUCUGCACUUUUCCACUCCGGCGUGUGAGUCGCUGGUCCCGGAGGGAGCAUCAGUGACACAGAGACUAAUGUCUCCAGUGGUGUUCAAAAAACUCUACAUAUUCACCUUGGAUGAAAGAUUAAAGAUGUCAAUAAUUCACAAAUGUAAAUAACCUUUUUGUGCGGUUCCUUCUUUUACUGUCAUAAACAUAAUGAAAACAUAGUGGCUCAGGAACAAUGUUGAGGCCAGUCCAGCAGAGGGCAGCAGUCAGCUACUGAAGCACAGCUUUACAUCAUUGAUUGAGUUGUGACGUUAUUUGAGUUCUAGAAUCCUCCAGGUCAUUGUAGCAGUUCAGCAAAAAAACCUUUAAAAUUCCACUCAAGUACUAAUGUCAGUCUACACACAGGACCAGUACAACUGUACAGGCUUGUUUGAGCUUUAUGCUGAGGCCUAGACUUAGAUCAUUAACCUCCAUCCUGAGUCUCAGACCAUGUAAUUGUGUUGUUUUCCUGAUUUGGAGCUUCACCUGCAAAUAGAUGCAAAUACUGACACAAUAAACAACUUUAUUUAUUUUGG